AUGGCAUUUUCAAGUUAUCUUGGAUUAUCCGUAAAUUCCACAUCAAGACCUAACAAACUUACAGUUGAUAACAAUAAAAACGAAAUAGAUUAUUUCUUUGACUAUCCACUUGAGGUGGCUCUUCCUCCAAUAUGUAACUCGGCGGAAGUUAAAUUUUCAUCUUAUAUGGGUUUUUCGCGACAAACGAAGAAAGAAAAUCGACCAGUAAUAACGCAUAAAAAAAAUAAAGACGAUAAAGAUCGAAUAGACUCUAGUAAUGAUGUAACAGAGACUUUGAAUAAUAUGUUAAUAAUUCAAGAGGCUCUAAAUAAAUUGAUUGUUAUAAAUUUAUUCUAUAUAUCGAGAAAAAAACUACUUUCUCAAAAAGUUAAAGAAAAAUUUGUUGCAAUUUCUGAAUUAAGAAAAAACAUUGCUAUUAAUGGUUCGAAAACGCAAUUAACUAAGUCUACUUCAUAUACUUCAUAUCCUUCAUAUAACUCUCAAUUAUGUAAUUCUUAA